UGUGGAGCCUAUUUGUAGGCCUGCUAAAAAUAGGGCCUCGCUGGCAACACAUGCAUGUCUAUGAUAGGCAGCUCAAGUGCUUCUCCUCAGACUCCAGCCACAAAGGAACACGGAAGAUCUUAAUGGGGUUUUUACCUGGACUAAAGUUGACCUGGAGCAGUGACCUUUCUUGAGCUUUGGACGCAACAAAGGAGUCUUUUGAUUUACCGUUUUAAGUAAAAGGGACUUAGAAUGACUUCCAGAAGGCCGAUGACACGCUCUUUUUCCAGCAAUGGACGGACAAGCAGCUUCAAUGAAGAGGAUAACGGAUCCGCGAACGGUCGCCCGGAGAGCCGGAAUACUUACCUCUCCAAUGUUAGGCCUGAGAACAGGAGCACACUGUGCACCGUCAUGGCUCAGUUAACGGAAGAUAUACAGCCCUCCUUUGACACGACCCUAAAGUCGAAAGCGGUGUCGGAAAACUGUAACGUGAAAUUCACCUGCGUCGUGUCUGGUUAUCCAGCUCCAGAGCUGAAGUGGUACAAAGAUGAUAUGGAAAUGGACCGCUACUGUGGCCUGCCCAAAUAUGAAAUAAGACGGAAUGGAAAAACUCACACUCUCCAAAUCUACAACUGUUCAUUGGACGACGCUGCAAUCUACCAGGUCUCUGCGUGCAACAGCAAAGGCAUCGUGUCAUGCUCUGGAGUUCUGGAAGUUGGAACCAUGAAUGAGUACCAGAUCCACCAGAGGUUCUUCGCUAAACUGAAGCAGAAAGCAGAGAAAAAGAAGAAAGAAGUGGAGGAGCAGACGAAGAAGAAGGAUGAGGGGAAAGAUCGGGAAGCGAAAGCGAAGGUCAGCCCGGAACGUCCUCCGAGAAAGCGGCCCAUUUCACACACGGCACCAGCAGUCAAGGAGCCGGAAGCUGCGGAGCAGCCGGUGGCUGAAACGAAUGGAAUGCCCCCUGAAGUGACUGAGGCAGCUCCAGAGACUUCCGUGGACAAUGCCGUUGAGAAGGAGAAGCCACCAUCUGAGGAAACACUGGUGCAGAAGAAAAUUAAAGUAACUAACGGUGUUGACGCUGGAGUCAACAAGGCCGACAACUGCUACGAUGGUGGAAUCAGCUUAGCUCAGUUCCUGGCACAGACUCUUCAGUCUCAGGCUGCUGAGGAGAAACAGAACCCAUCUCAAACAGAGACGCCUCUAGAAAUGGAUUCAGCUGUUGAAAAAGAGGACGCACCUGAGAGGACACUGAGGAUGGAAGAGGAGCAGGAGACAAGAGAAGAGAAAGAUCGCUCCAGCUACCAAGAGAAGGAGGAAGAGAGACCUAGCCGAACGACGGAGCAUCCAAAGCAUCAUGGCAAGGCUCGUAAGGACCAUGAGCACCAUCACCUUCAGGCGUCCUUGUCGUCGAUGCUUCACUCGGUCAAAGACUUCUUCUUUGGGAAGGGUAAGAAGGACUCGCACCAUCCCAGCGACAGUAAAGAGAGCUACCUACAGCCCAGCCCACCACAAACGCCGCCAUCAUACCAGCUACACGCCGAGCAAAUCAGCGAGCCUCAGAAACCAGAUAUUUCUGUACCCAUGGUGAUCGAUGAACCGCAUUAUCCAACAGAAGAUGUGGCUACAGAACAGCAUGAAGAUGGAUCUCAGGAUAGACCUCUUCAGUUGGACUCACCAGAAGCUCAUAAAUCCCCUCAUGAGGAUCUACGGCCUUCAACAGGGCAGAAUGACAAGGAUGUCCCUGUGGUGACAAUGGAGGCAUCAGUGGGGGCAGAGAUCAACGCUCCAGGUGAAGAUAUGGCAUUGUCUGGGCCUCAAGUUUCAACGGAGCAGGUUGAAGAAAAUGUAUCUCCACUGGUCCCUGAAGUGGCUCCACAACAUGAUCCGGUGGAAUGCCUGGUUAGCCAUCCAGCUGCUAAAGAAGAGUCCUCAGUCAAAGACCAUUGUUCACCCCAGUGUGAUGAGGUUCCAAUGGAACAAUUCCCCCCUAUAGGUAUCAUAAAAGAUCUACCGAUCAUCACCAUCUCAGAAAUGGACAGCGAGGUCAUUGUUGAAGCUGCAGUUGAGGAAAAGGUGGGACCAGAAGAUGAGCGUCUUACGGGAGAGAACCUUAGCUGCGGUGAGUUAGACGUGGAAGAAAAAGCUGAAGUGAAAUCCAGCCAAGAGCCGCGCUCUGCCGUGGAAGUUUCGGUAGUAACAAGUUUAGACAGUCUAAUAGAGAUGGCUGAGUUGACAGAACCUGAAAUACCAGGUCAAGCCCUGCUCUCAUUGAAUGAAGUGGAACAGUGUGAAGCUAAAGUAGAAGCCACAAUACCGUCCCUUAUUAAUGAAAUGCAUUCUGCUCCAGCUGCAGAAGUAAGUGUCCAGAAAGAUGACACAGUUACUGUAGAAGAAGACAAGAUUGAAGUCAGUUUAGAGAAUGAAAGAGAAGCUUCAGGAGGUGAAAGUAUGACAGUCGUAGAGAACGUGGCAUCAGUGUCUGAUUUAGAGGAGGCAGAAGAUGUUGGAAACAACGUGAGAAAAGGAGAGCAGUUGGAGGUCAUGGACGAGCCGAGUGGUGAAGAAAACAAGGAAGUCAAUGAGAAAAAGACUGAAACACAAACAUAUACAGACAAGACGGAUGAUUCAACGGGGGUUUCAGAGGGUGAUGUAAUGUUGACCUCAAGUUUGAAAGAUAAUGAGGAACAACGAACCAGCAGUGACAAACAGCUGCCUGUGGCGACACCACAGGUGGAUCUGAACCUAGAUAUCAGCUCCAUAGAGGACGUUAACCAGAUUAAACCCCGAGCCAUCCCAAAAUGUGACCUAUUAGAUCCGGGGAUGAAAGAGUCGAUGCUGCCUUUGACUAUAUUGGCGCUCAAUAAGAAAGAAAUGGAGACCUCUUUCCUGCCAAAACAUGAUGCAACAGAAGCGCUGAUCCAAGACAUGACUGUGGCAGAUUCAUUGGGGUUGCUGUCGAAGCAGAAAGGUAUGCAGGAUAAUGAAGUACAGUCAGAGAAAGUUAAGCUUUCGCAAUCAGAUGAGAGAGUCGAGGAGGAGCCGGCUGGCGUGAAACGUGAGCUUCCCAGAGUGAACUCAAUUCCUGUCAUUAAUGUGUCAUGUUCCGACGACAUAAAGGUUGAAGAAUUGACAGAUGUUUUUGAUGCACCACUUGUUGAAGCCCCCACACCGACCCUGACAGUUGUGCCGCCGAUAUCUGUCACUUGUCCUGAGAGUGACGGCGCACUCCCAAAGCCCGAACUGUGUGAGUCGGGAGUGACAGAAACCGGCGCAGUCACGCGAAGCGGAACAGAGGAUGAUGUCAGCAAUCAUCUGCCCACAAAACCUCACAGUACUGAGAGACAAGCAGGGACGGUUGAAAAAUUGCAGACAGACGAGUCUGUUUCUGGGCCGACUCAGAUUUCCCCAGCCAAGCCAGACAGUGCACUACCUAUGAACAAAGUCACAGACAGUCAGGUUGUCACUGAUGUGUUGAAAAAUAAACCCGCCAGAGAAGGAAAGACGGACUCUUUCAUGACAGUUGAGGAUCUGCUGAAAACUAGAUCCUCGGAAAGACUUUGUUUUAAGCCCCCCAUCAUGCCCUCAUUAAGCCCGUCCAGUCUACGUAAGUUUAAACCGACUCCCGAAUCAGAGAACGAGGCUGGAACCGUCCCCGUGAUCACUGUGGAUGACCGCCCAGGUGACAAAGCAGAAGACGACCUGAGCGGUGGUUCCACACCGACAUCGUCCCUGUCCUGUGAGAGCAGUCCGCGGCUGAAACGCAGAGACAGCCUUUCGCUUAUCCGCUCCGCCACGCCCGAGGAGUUGGCUUCCGGAGCGCGACGGAAGAUCUUCAUCCCGAAAACCAAGGAUGACGCUGAUGGAAUUGCUGACGUGAAGAGUCCCUACAUGUCCCCGAGUCAGGCCCGCCGAGCAGCUCUCCUUCAAGCUCCGAUGGGACAGAAGACCCCUCCCAUGGAAAGGCGGUCGCCAUUGAUGAGCCGCAGGAAAGCUACGCUCGACGUACCAAAGGUUGUGGAGGAGCCAGUGAAGACACCACCUGAGGAGAAACCUGCUGAGAAGAAGCUCGAUCCACUUAAAGCGCCGCAGGUCAUCCGGAAGAUCCGGGGGGAGCCGUUCCCAGACGCCUCAGGACACCUGAAGCUGUGGUGCCAGUUCUUCAACGUCCUCAGUGACGCCACCAUUAAGUGGUACAGAGAUGAGGAGGAGAUACUGGAGGUGAACCGAAGUGGUGGCGAUGAAAGCCAGGUGGCGCUAGCGAUAGUGCUGGCGUCAAGCAAGGACUGCGGGGUCUACGGCUGCACCAUUAACAACGAGUACGGAAGCGACACCACUGACUUCUUGCUCAGUGAAGACAUUCUGGCAGAGAUCCUUCUCAGAGAUGAUUUGGAAGUUGGUGAGGAGAUCGAGAUGACCCCACUGCUGUUCACCAAGGGUCUGGCCAACUCCGGCUCCUGGGGCGAGAAGUACUUCGGCCGUAUCAUGACUGAGACGGCCAACGUCGGGGAGGGCUGGUGCCAUAAAGCCAGCAAGGUUAGAGUCAUAUAUGGCCUGAACCCCAUCUUUGAAUCUGGAAGCAACUGCAUCAUGAAGGUUCAGAACCCCAUCGCCUACGGGACCAAACAGGAGAGCAACCUGGCGGAGAGAAAUCUGGAGAUCACCAAACAAGAGUGCAAAACUCAAAACAUGAUCCGGGAGUAUUGUAAAAUCUUCGCCGCUGAAGCAAGAGUGCAGGAGAACUUUGGCUGUGGACUCGAGGUGAUUCCUCAGUAUCUGAUGUACCGGCCGGCCAACUCAGUGCCCUACGCCACGGUGGAGGAGGAACUGAGCGGCGUCUUCCUCAAAUAUUCCACGACGGACGCCAAAGGUAGACUGAUCCUACGGAGCGUUUCGGAGAUGGAGCAGAAAUGUUGCACCUUCCAACACUGGAUCCAUGAGUGGACGCAUGGCAACCUCCUGGUCACUCGACUCGAAGGUGUUGGAACCAAGCUCACUAACGUCAGAGUCGUCACCAAGAAUAAAGGAUACCAAGGUCUGACCGAACGAGGCUCUCCCGAAGUCUUUGACCAGUUCUUGGCUCAACAUCAAUGCAACUACUACUGCGGACUUCUCAGCCUUCGCCCGCUCAAGUCCAUGGAUAGUCUUCAACAGCCUGCCAAAAUGAAAGGCUCCAGGAGUCCCUUGCUCAAUCGCAAGGUGGGGUCUGGCUCAGGUAGCCCACAGCUGCAGCGCAAAGGUCAAAGCCCUCAGUUGUCCCGCAAGACUAACUCCAGCCCAAGGGUGUCAAGGAAAGUUCAAGAGACUGAGGACAAUAAAUCGGACGUUUCACCAGCCGGUGAUGGUACAGAACCAAGGUAGGGCUCAUAAAUGUUUGACAUGAAUUAAAGCUAGUUGUUUUCCAGCCAAGUACUUCAUGACUGACAUGUAAAAACUGUGAAUAAGACGGAACACUGAGUGAUGUUCUUUUAUCAAGUAGGUUAACUAUUUACUUUAGUUAAACCAAGCGUAAAUGUAAUGGUUGACUCGCAGGUUAAGGUCAUCAUCACCUUUAACUUAUUAACUGAUAGGAGUUGGAAAAAAGUGGAGCAUAGAAAUGUGAACUGUGAAGGAUGGAACUGCGACAAUCUGGCUUUGAGCGUCAGAAACUCUGCAUGUGCAGUUCAUGAUGGAAUUAAACCACGUUAUUAUCUGAGGCGCAGUCAACACCAUUUAGACAGUUCUGUAUUUAUUGAUUUUUUUUUACUUCACCACUGUAAUUAUACUGUAUUUAUUUCCACAACGCUGACGCAGAGGGGUGAAAUAAAGCCACGGGAAAGUGACCGUCCGGUUCAUAAGAGUUUUUUUUUGGACUUAAAAAAAAAAUGUGUCGACUGUAAAAACUGUCCUUCUUGCUGUUAUCAGGGCCACCAAUUGUUACGCUCAAUUCUAAGUGUCCAGACUAGGAUGCUUCAGUGAAUGAUUCAUGACAAUCUACUGUUUUGUAAAAAUCCCCUUUAGAUGCAUGUGUUUUUAAGGUAUUUUCAAUAGUAAAGUGAGUAAUCUGACCAGUGGACGGUUGAGACGUUUGCUGGGAUUAAAGUCCGAUUGUGUAUAUAAAGCCAAAUGACAAGAUACAGAAUCUUAAUGUGGUGUGAUGUUGAGACACCCGGCUCCCUACAUCGGUGCGAGUGGGUGAGUGAAAGAGUAGACCAUUUGUCACUUGGUUGUUGUGUGUUUCCUUCACACCAGCGC